CGAAACUAACUGGAAACCAUGGAUGAAUGAAAGCGCGGUGUCUCAUUAUCAGGCUGAGAUCUUUAUACAUGCCCCAAUGGAGCAGGAUGUGGAGAGCCCUGCUGCAAUCAGGAAACCCAAACUGCCCAAGCAUGUCAGGGACGAUCUCCCCAAACACCUGGUGGAGAAGGACCACCACGAAAAACAAAAGAAGAAGAAGAUCCAGAGGUACGUGCGCAAGGACGGGAAGUGCAACGUGCACCACGGCAACGUGCGGGAGACGUACCGCUACCUGACGGACAUCUUCACGACCCUGGUGGACCUCAAGUGGAGGUUCAACCUCUUCAUCUUCGUGCUGGUCUACACCGUCACCUGGCUCUUCUUCGGGUUCGCGUGGUGGCUCAUCGCCUACAUCCGGGGGGACCUGGAGCACAUCGGGGACAACCAGUGGACUCCCUGCGUCGACAACCUGAACGGAUUUGUGUCCGCCUUUUUGUUCUCCAUAGAGACCGAGACGACCAUCGGGUACGGGUACAGGGUCAUCACGGACCAGUGUCCCGAGGGCAUCUUGCUGCUCCUGGUGCAGUCGGUGCUGGGAUCUAUCGUCAACGCCUUCAUGGUGGGCUGCAUGUUCGUGAAGAUCUCGCAGCCCAAGAAGCGGGCGGAGACCCUGGUGUUCUCCACGCACGCGGUCAUCUCCAUGCGGGACGGGCGCCUGUGCCUGAUGUUCCGGGUGGGGGACCUGCGCAACUCGCACAUCGUGGAGGCCUCCAUCCGAGCCAAGAUGAUCAAGUCCAAGCAGACGAAAGAGGGGGAGUUCAUCCCUCUGAACCAGACGGACAUGAACGUGGGCUACGACACGGGCGACGACCGCCUCUUCCUGGUGUCGCCGCUCAUCAUCUGCCACGAGAUCAACCAGCACAGCCCCUUCUGGGAGAUCUCCAAGGCACACCUGGCCAAGGACGAGCUGGAGAUCGUCGUCAUCCUGGAGGGCAUGGUGGAGGCCACAGGUAUGACGUGCCAGGCGAGGAGCUCGUACGUGUCGAGCGAGAUCAAGUGGGGCUACCGCUUCACUCCGGUGCUGACGCUGGAGGACGGCUUCUACGAGGUGGACUACAACAGCUUCCAUGAGAUCUACGAGACCAACACGCCCAGCUGUAGCGCCCGCGAGCUGGCCGAGAUGACAGCGCGCGCGCGCCUCCCGCUGACGUGGUCCGUGGCCAGCAAACUCAGCCAGCAGGGGGCGCUGUACACGGACGGAGGAGGUGGCGUACCACCACCAGCGGAGGAGAAGGAGAAGGACGAGCACACAAGCCUGAUGGAGCAGACGGAGAGGAACGGCGACAUUGCCAACAUCGAGAGCGAGUCCAAAGUGUAGAGUAGAGGUGGUUGAUGGAGGACUGGGGAAAAAAAACAUGUCCCUUGUUGUCGUCGUCGGUCUUUCCCCUCCACGUCCACACGCUCGCAAACUCUUUUAUUUCAGUGUUCAGAGUCCACUCUAGAGUGGAGAAGAGACCUUGACAAGGCUUGAAGGCACAGACACACCCCCACACACACACAAUACAAUAACUUCAAUAUGUUGCCCCCCCCCUCCUCACGUAUUGCCCCAAAGAUAACUGAAAUGAUGCCUGGACAAAGAGACGUCUGGGCUAACUGCAUGGUCUCAAACAGGAUUUCUAAAAAGAAAGUUAUUUUCAGAUUUUUAAUUGAAAGAGGAAAACCUUAUAUAAAUAUAUAUUCUAGGGCAUUUGAAUUUGUAUUUUUGUACAUAUGUUUCAAUAUUAGUUUGUUUGAAGAUGUGUGAAUAUAUUAUGACACAAGUCCGUUUGAUACAAACCCAUUUAGACCAGGUCUGUACUGUAUAUAUUUUAUGCCUUAUGUGAUAAUCUUUCAUUUCUUAGGGAUUUUUUUCUGGAAUAUUUAAGCAUGUAUACAAUUCAUGUCGCCACGUUGUCGUUUCUGCAGGAUGUACAUACAGUAAUUGCUUUCACAGAGUCGACACAAGACACACAAGUCACACGCUCUGCAGGAUGCAAAACUUGUCCGUCAGCCCGACUGAAUUCUUUCUCAGUCUUUUGUGAAAGGGUCUGAUCUUGGCAUUGCAUGCCUGGCCAAGUCUUGCUCCGAGAUGUCUUGUGACCAGUGGCUUGAAACCCUACAGGGAUGUUUUUGAUUUCUACAAUCACAGUUUUCCCCCCUUUCCUAAGCGGUAGUCUUUUGUGAGUGUCUACCAUUGAUUUAUUUAAUUUCUGCAGUGCCCUUUAAGUUAGAAUGAGAUUGCGUGUGUGGAAAGGGAAAGCAACAUACAUUCUUCUGUGUGUGUGUAUGAGUGUGUGUGUGUAUACAGUAUAUAUAAUAAUGACAGUUCUACAAACGUAAUUGUUUUAGGUAACAGUAGCCCAUGUCCAGGCCCUUACCUUUCCAAGGUUUGGCUGAAUAGGAGUUUACAUACAAUAUACUUUUUUGUUUUUAGAAUGACUAUUAUGAGCCUUUUCUUUGAAUUUUUUCACAGGUAGCCUUCUGAAUAUUUUUUUUAAUAUAA